UGGCGUGAUCGUCGGCGCUACAUACUGCGCCUGCGCGCGCGCCGCGGCCUUUUCCCCCCACGGAGCCGUGCUGGUUCUGCAGCUCUGUGACAAGCCGCGGAAUCGGGGUUCUGUUCCGCAGGAUGGGGUUUGUGAAAGUUGUCAAGAACAAGGCCUACUUCAAGAGAUACCAAGUGAAAUUCAGAAGAAGGCGAGAGGGCAAAACUGACUACUAUGCUCGGAAGCGAUUGGUUAUCCAAGAUAAAAAUAAGUACAACACACCUAAAUACAGAAUGAUUGUUCGUGUAACGAACAGAGAUAUCAUUUGUCAGAUUGCUUAUGCCCGUAUAGAAGGAGAUAUGAUAGUUUGUGCAGCUUAUGCUCACGAACUCCCAAAAUACGGUGUGAAGGUUGGCCUGACAAAUUAUGCUGCAGCAUAUUGUACUGGCCUGCUGCUGGCCCGCAGGCUUCUUAAUAGGUUUGGUAUGGACAAAAUUUAUGAAGGCCAAGUCGAAGUGACUGGAGAUGAAUACAAUGUGGAAAGUAUCGAUGGUCAACCUGGUGCCUUCACCUGUUACUUGGAUGCAGGACUUGCCAGAACUACUACCGGGAAUAAAGUUUUUGGGGCCCUAAAGGGAGCUGUCGAUGGAGGCUUGUCUAUCCCUCACAGUACCAAACGGUUCCCUGGUUAUGAUUCAGAAAGCAAAGAAUUCAGUGCUGAGGUACACCGAAAGCACAUCAUGGGUCAGAACGUCGCGGACUACAUGCGCUACCUGCUUGAAGAAGACGAGGACGCUUACAAGAAGCAGUUCUCUCAGUACAUAAAGAACAACGUGACUCCAGACAUGAUGGAGGAGAUGUAUAAGAAAGCUCAUGCUGCGAUACGAGAGAAUCCAGUGUAUGAGAAGAAGCCUAAGAAAGAAGUUAAAAAGAAGAGGUGGAACCGUCCCAAAAUGUCACUUGCCCAGAAGAAAGAUCGGGUAGCUCAGAAGAAGGCAAGCUUCCUUAGAGCUCAGGAACGAGCUGCCGAGAGUUAAACCAAACCACAAUUUUCUAUCAAGAUUUUUCAGAUAAGACAAUAAUAAACUUAUUGAAUAAGCAGCUGUUUGUGUUAAGCUCUUGUUAAUGGGACUUUGGAAAGCACCUGAUAUAGCCAGUAUUUUCCUUCCAGAAACAAGCAUAGCUUUUCCCAGGGCUUACAUAUUGCCUGAAGGUUCAUAUCUGCUUCUUGGGCAUCAGUUCCUCCUGACAGGAGUUAAUUCAAGUCUGGCAAGCAACAGACAAACCUUCCACUGGAAGUAUUUCUUCAAUUCAUUUAUUGUAACCACAUGAUAAGUGGGAAGAAAAAGUACCUUCAAAGUUUACAAUUUUAAAGUAAGAAAAACUGAUGUUAAUUCAUGGCUUUUUCAGAGGAAGCUGUCCCAUGAAGGUCAUAUAAUUUUAACAUAUUCAUUUUAACCAGGUGAAAGGCUAUGAGCAGAAAAUACUGGGUCUUUCUCACAAGAGAUGUUUCUUUUUAUAGAGUUGAAAGGCACAUGCCAGAUCUGAAUAAACAGAAGAGCACAUA